CUCUCCUCCAACGCCAGCUUGAGUCUCGUUUCGUCUCCUCUCGUUUCCAGUCUCCGCCAUCUUUGAAUUUGCGUUACAAGUAUUGUCAAUUCCAUUUCGUUGCAUUUAUUCGAAGAAAACUUUAUUUUGUGUGGGUAUGGGCGAAGAGAAUAAUAAAAACGACCAUGACUCCAAAGAUCGGGAUCGAGAUAGAGACCGUGACCGAGAUAAGGAUAAGGAAAGGGACCGGGAUAAGGAUCGCAGGCACCGCUCAAGGUCCAGAGAUCGUAGGAAACGAACCAGGUCCCGCAGCAGGGAUAAACGGUCGCGGUCUCGUAGUCGGGAUAAGCAUAGGAAACGUUCUAGGUCAGCCUCCAGGGACAAGAAACCCCCUAAGUCUCGCAGAAGGAAGGCAUCACUCUACUGGGAUGUCCCUCCUCCAGGCUUUGAGCACAUUUCCCCACUUCAGUACAAAGCUAUGCAAGCUGCAGGACAAAUUCCAGCCAACAUAGUGGCCGACACCCCACAAGCCGCUGUGCCAGUCGUCGGAUCCACUAUCACUCGCCAAGCACGCCGUCUUUAUGUUGGCAACAUACCAUUUGGCGUCACUGAGGAUGAGAUGAUGGAGUUUUUCAACCAACAAAUGCACCUCUCCGGCCUGGCUCAAGCAGCGGGCAACCCUGUUCUUGCAUGUCAAAUUAACUUGGACAAGAAUUUUGCGUUUUUAGAGUUCCGGUCCAUUGAUGAGACGACACAAGCCAUGGCUUUUGAUGGAAUCAACUUCAAGGGCCAAAGUCUGAAGAUCAGAAGACCACACGACUAUCAACCUACGCCUGGCAUCUCCGACAGUGCUGCCGUCAAUGUUCCAGCUGGUGUUAUCAGCACAGUGGUCCCAGACUCUCCACACAAGAUCUUUAUCGGAGGUUUGCCCAACUAUUUGAAUGAGGAUCAGGUGAAGGAGCUUCUUAUGUCAUUUGGAUGUCUUCGAGCCUUCAAUCUUGUGAAGGACUCAGCAACUGGACUCAGCAAGGGCUAUGCAUUCUGCGAAUAUUAUGAUGUCAUUAUGACCGAUCAGGCAAUAGCUGGAUUGAAUGGAAUGCAGUUGGGAGACAAGAAACUGAUAGUACAGCGAGCCAGUGUUGGGGCCAAGAAUGCAGUGCUGGGACAACAGCUACCAGUUACUAUACAGGUGCCAGGUCUCAACCUUGUAGGCACUUCCGGUCCAGCCACUGAGGUGCUGUGUCUGUUGAACAUGGUUACCCCUGAAGAGCUGAAAGACGAGGAGGAGUAUGAAGACAUCUUAGAAGAUAUCAGGGAGGAGUGCAACAAAUAUGGAAUAGUGCGCUCAUUAGAGAUUCCCCGGCCAAUAGAAGGCGUAGACGUCCCUGGCUGUGGCAAGGUAUUUGUGGAAUUCAACUCUAUAGUGGACUGUCAGAAAGCCCAGCAGUCCCUGACUGGCAGGAAGUUCAACAACAGAGUCGUCGUCACAUCGUACUUCGACCCGGACAAAUAUCACCGUCGAGAGUUCUAAUCAUUCAAGGCAGAAGGUCUCCCAGUUGUGGCCAAACUGAGAUUUUCAGUUUUAAAACAAUAUCACUGUUGUAUAUAAUUUUAAUUAAUAGAUCUUCAGUUAGUAGUUAUCUCAGUGUAGUUCAGAUUUUAUAUUAUAAAAGCAGAUCAAAUAAGACGACUAUGUGGAUUCAGAGUUGUAUCAUCUGAAAAUAAAUUGACUGUAAAAUA